UUCUGUCAUUUAUUGUGAUCAAAGUUGUAGCUCAUUGUCAUUUUACAAACAACGUCAAACAGAAAAUUUUAAGUUGGAGUUUGUUCGAGUAUUCCAUUGAAUGUGGAUAGAGAAUUAUCAUUUUGUGUAUUGAAUGCCACAAAAUAUAUAACAAUGACGCUCACUAAAAUGGAGGUUGACUCCGUCAAAGGAGAAGGCUUCCGACCUUACUACACAACGAAGAUCGAGGAGUUGCAACUCAUCGUCGCCGAAAAAUCUCAAAAUCUUCGCCGUCUCCAAGCACAAAGAAAUGAACUCAACGCUAAAGUGCGUAUGUUGCGCGAAGAACUGCAAUUAUUGCAGGAACAGGGCUCUUACGUCGGCGAAGUCGUGAAACCGAUGGACAAAAAGAAGGUGCUAGUCAAAGUGCACCCCGAAGGUAAGUUUGUGGUAGAUUUGGACAAAAAUGUCGAUAUCAACGACGUUACAGCCAACUGUCGCGUUGCACUGCGUAAUGAAAGCUACACGCUGCACAAAAUACUGCCUAACAAAGUUGAUCCCCUCGUGUCUCUUAUGAUGGUAGAGAAGGUUCCAGAUUCCACUUACGAAAUGGUUGGAGGCUUGGAUAAGCAAAUUAAGGAGAUUAAAGAGGUUAUUGAACUGCCUGUUAAACAUCCAGAGCUAUUUGAUGCAUUAGGCAUCGCACAACCUAAAGGUGUGCUGCUAUAUGGGCCGCCUGGUACUGGUAAGACUUUGUUAGCCCGUGCAGUCGCUCACCACACUGAAUGCACCUUCAUCCGUGUCUCUGGUUCAGAAUUGGUGCAGAAGUUCAUUGGAGAAGGAAGUCGUAUGGUGCGAGAACUCUUUGUUAUGGCCAGAGAACAUGCUCCAUCUAUUAUAUUCAUGGAUGAAAUUGAUUCUAUUGGUUCAUCUCGUAUUGAAUCUGGGAGUGGAGGGGAUUCAGAGGUACAGAGAACUAUGUUAGAACUUCUCAACCAGCUUGAUGGUUUUGAAGCUACGAAGAACAUUAAAGUUAUAAUGGCCACCAAUCGCAUAGACAUUUUGGACCCUGCUUUAUUGAGACCUGGUCGUAUUGACAGGAAAAUUGAAUUCCCCCCACCAAAUGAGGAGGCCCGUUUGGACAUUCUUAAGAUUCACUCUCGGAAGAUGAACCUUACUCGAGGCAUUAAUUUGAGGAAGAUUGCAGAACUGAUGCCAGGGGCAUCAGGUGCGGAAGUCAAGGGUGUGUGUACAGAAGCUGGUAUGUAUGCCCUGAGAGAGCGUAGGGUUCAUGUCACUCAGGAGGACUUUGAGAUGGCAGUUGCCAAGGUCAUGCAGAAAGACUCUGAAAAGAAUAUGUCUAUCAAGAAAUUGUGGAAGUAACUUUUACUAUUAUGUUAUUUUCUUAAUGCUUAAUUAUAAUGUAAAAAAGAUAAUAAAAGUUGUCUUAGCAAACA